CCCCUACGCGUCCGCCAGUCGCCCGCCCGACAGGGUUAGGUUAGGUUAGAUUUUUUGGCUCAAAACGCUCGUUGGUAAUUUUUUGAAAAGUUGUAUCUACACUUGUAUUUUUUUGUCUACGCCGCUAGGAGCCGUCUUUCCUGACUGCUUUAUAAUAUCGCCAGUACGCCGCAAUUUUUUGAAUAAUAAAGAUCUCGCUGGUCGUGUCUAGUCGGAUUCUAAUUAGAUUUUUUAAAUUUCGAACUAUUUGAUGGUUCCCCUUAUUUUUGAAUUUCCACCGGGCGUUUUCUUCCAUCCCUGUCGGGGGCGCAGUGUUUUGUAUCGCCAUUUCUUUUUUUCGCAGACAUAAUUUAUAAUGAUGGCAUAAAACUAUUUAAUUUACGGACUCAAGAUUUUUUUCUUUUUUAUUUCUACAAAAAGACUGCAGCAGUGUCUUGUGUCGUGUUGUGAUUUAUUAUAUAUUUUUUUAAAUAAUUUUCUUUGGACUCUUGUGUUUUUGGUUCGAUUAAUUUGAUUUUUCGAGCUCGAGACAAUAAACAAAAGAUAAGGACACACAUGACUCGAUAAGCCGGCGGGAAACGACAUACAAGAUGGUGGACACACAACACUUCUGUCUGCGGUGGAACAACUACCAGAGCAGCAUCACCAGCGCGUUCGAGAACCUUCGCGACGAUGAGGACUUCGUCGAUGUCACACUGGCUUGCGAUGGCAAGAGCCUCAAGGCGCACAGGGUCGUGCUCUCAGCCUGUAGCCCUUACUUCAGGGAACUACUCAAAUCAACGCCGUGCAAGCACCCGGUGAUCGUGCUGCAAGAUGUGGCGUUCACGGAUCUGAACGCGCUGGUGGAGUUCAUUUACCACGGCGAGGUCAAUGUGCACCAACGCAGCCUGUCCUCAUUCCUGAAGACAGCAGAGGUGCUACGCGUGUCUGGACUCACCCAGAACGAUGAUGCACAGGGGCCGCUGGUACAGAGCAUCGCACGCGCGGCCGCCGCCGCCGCAUCGUCUCCGCACACGCCGCCGCACCCGGCGCACACACCGCACGCACCGCACGCGCCGCACACGCCGCACGCGCCCAGCUACACCGACAAGCUCGAGGAAGCGCUGCUGCACCCGCCGUCGAUCAUGCGCCGCAUAGCCAUGCCGCCGCGCCGCCUAUCGCGCUCCGCGGACAACUCCCCCGACGUCAUCAAACGCGUCCGCCACGACAACAACAACGACCAGCCACAGAUCCACGACUUCUCCACCAAGGGCCACCUGAUGAACAACACGCGCGCGCACGAGGGCAACGGCAACGGCAUCUCCAACUCCAGCUCGUCGCCGUCGCCGCGGCUGAUGGACGAGGUGAAGAACGAGCCGCUGGACAUGAUCUGCCAGACCAACGCCGACAACGACCGCAGCGCCGACGACACGCCGCCGCACUCUCACCACAGACCACUUGGAUGCGGGCCGCCCUCCCGCGCCAGCUCCGCCGAAGCAGACGACCGCACGCCACCGCCGCACCUGCAGCCCUCGCCGUUCAUAUCGCCCGCCGACUCCAAGCUGUUCGUGCCCUCCCAGCAUAACUACAACUACAGCAUGACUGCGCUCACCGACCCCACACUGGCCGGUCUGCAGAGUCCGCUAGCUCCAGACGGCAUGGCGAGCACAUCCCAAGUGGGCCCCUUGGGCGCGGGUCACCGCUGCGAGGUGUGCGGCAAGCUGCUGUCCACGCGGCUCACGCUCAAGCGGCACACGGAGCAGCAGCAUCUGCAGCCGCUGCACUCGGCGCGCUGCGGCCUGUGCCACAAGGUGUUCCGCACGCUCAACUCGCUCAACAACCACAAGAGCAUCUACCACCGCCGCCAGCGCGGCCUGCCGCAGCCGCCGCAGGCGCCGCUGCCGCUGCCCGCGCUGCCGCCGCCCGACACCAAGCCGCACGCGCCGCACCCCGUCGACUUCUACAAGUUCAAGGACCAGUUCAACGUCUAGGCCCGGCCGGGAACCCUGGCGACUCCUUUUUUUCUAUCGUAUAGUAGAUGAUUUAUAUUUUUAUCUCGCAGAGAUUAUUGACAUGUUAGUGUCGCGAUUUAUUUUAUUUACAUUUCUCUUUUAAAUGUUUAUCUUGGAACUUGUGGAGGCGACCUCGCGGGGUCGGCCGCGGCGCCGGCUCGUUCAGCGUUUCGUUCGACAUGGACAGUCAACAUUCCAGUCCUAGGGAGGGCGACUUUCGGCACGUCAGAGAACGGUCGUACGCCCGCCGAGUGCAAUACUGCGGUAUGAGGAUUCCUGAAUUUUACACUAUUGUUAAAUGUGUGACAAUAAGGCGAAGAGAAAAAUUAAUAUUUUGAGAAAAAAAAGAGGAAAAUCUUGGUGCUGUAAAUUUAUAUAUUAGGCUUAAAUUUAUAAAAGGAACAGUGUUCGUUGUAAGUAACAAAAGAGGCAUAUUUUUUUUCAACGUUGUGUUCAUUUUCGGCGUAUUGCAAUUUUAUUUAUUCUGUACUUUUACCUUCAUGAUCUCACACUUAGAUAUUUAUACGAGAUUACUAAAAAUCUAUUUAAAAAUAAAUAAAAUUAUAUACACAGAUAUAUAAUUGGCUAAUGAGGCUUUCAAAUUUAUUAUUUUAUUUAGGUGUUUUGUUCAUUGACUGUAAGACUGAAAGAGAACACGUAGCACCAAUAGAACCGAUAUUUGAUUCUGCAGCCACCCGCGUCACAGUACGCAGUAUACCGAUACACGAUACAUACAACACAAUAUAAUCAGGUUUCGUUACACAACCACCGAACAGGACUUUACAAUAGACAAACGGCUUCACACACCGACUACUACUUCACAUCACACAUAUUCUAAGAGUCGACUAUAUUUUUACUUUUAUUUUACUGUUAUUCUAUCUAGUCGACUGUUUGUUUCACUCUCUUCUUACUUUUUUCGAUUAUUUUCGCGUAUUUUCGUCAAUGCACAAGCAUUAAGUGAAUCGCAAGGUGCCAUUUUAAGCGAAUCAAUAUUAUGGCUAUAAUAUAUUUUUCUUAGUUUAGUCAGAUUUUAGUUUUCAAUCGUAAGUUUUAUCACUACCUUGUGUUCGUUUAUUAUUUUGUUGUUAUUUCCUUUCGACAUGUGUUUUUGUCAUAUUAAACUUUAAUAAUAAUUAUUAUUAUAUUCAUUUUUAUACUGAGCUAAGGUAAUUAUUUCGUUGGAUUAAACUAAUCAAACAACACAUUAUUAAUAAAAUUUAAAUACUUAAUAGGUAAUAACUAUUAAAUCUUAAUAAUUCUCAGUGUUAAUGUUCCUAAAUUUGAACAGUGUGAAUUUUUAAUAAUGAAAUUUUUCUGCUUGCCAUAAUUGCAUAGUCAUAAAAUAUAUUUUUUUGUUUCUGUAGGCGACAAGUUUUUAGACGAUUUUAGUAUCGCGGUCUAGAUUCAGAGCAGCUUAUUUUUGACAGUAUGUAAUUUCCUAAAUAACCAUAUCAGUGUAUUUUAGACCAUUACUGUAGAUAUCAAUGUCAGACUUUCGUUAUAAUACAUAGUUACACACGAUUUUCGUCGCGUCUAUACAAUCGAUCAUAUCCAAGCUGAGAGUAACUUAAUGUUGUUUUAUAACAAUAACAUUUACGAGUAUGUCACUUAUAUACUUAAAUUAGAAGUCUUCGAUUAUAUAGACGUUACCUCGUUAAAGGACAGUGUUAAAAAGUCUGUAAUACACAAAACUUUAAGCUAAGUCGUUGUGACUAAAACUAAACACUUUUUCGCUCAAGACAUUGUGAAAGAGCCAGUAACAGUUUUACUUCUAUCAAUUUAGCGCGAUUCUACAAACGUAAUCGGUAAAGUUUUGUGUACGACAGAGACGCUGCAGUUUAUUGUACUUUAGUGCCGGCUUAUAUAAAUUGUAGGCAAUAAAUGUGCUAGAAUUACAUCUUACAAUCAGCAAACUUUUAUCUGGAUCUAGACGUACAAGAUGUAGACAGUUUUUUUUAUUAUUAUUUAACGUCAAUGUACUUUUUCUAGUUCAAUAAACAUCACUAUUUUUCAGCGUUCGAUCGCUAAAUCAAUGUUAUAUUUCAUUUUAAUAGCAAUAAGGAAAUCUUAUCUAAGUGUAAAUGUAAACAUAUAAUUUAUUGUAACAUUAUACACAAUAAGUAAUUAUAUUAGUGCCUGCUUUACAUAAUUGUUUUCGAUUUGGACAAAAGACAUAUUUUGCUUAACUUGUAAAAGUUAGGAGUAGUGUUUGGAACACUGUCAGUUGUCACCUAUGAGGUGCCGCUAUAUUAUUAACAAGUAUAUGAGGCUUCCUAAGUAAAUUUUAAUACUAUACGUUAUAAGGUUACGUUGUUAUUAUCUACUAUUGCAUAAACGCUUAGCCAUUACAAUUUGUUUAGUUAUUUGAUAAGCUUUAUUACGAUACUUUUAAAUAAUUGGAAGACUAGAGAUUUGGUGCUAAAUUGGAACGAUGUUCGUGUUAGUAAAAUAUUAGGGGAGGGAGAAAAUUGGGAUAGUCAAAAGUGGAAUCUAAAUUCUUUCGAAAUUUCGCAACAUUCCGUGCACGAUGAAAAGAUGAAUAAAAAAAUGUUAAGUUUUAUUUUGCAACCCAAUUGCAAAUCGAUCGUAAGACGUAGUAGGAUUGUUGUUUUUUUUGUGUAGUAAUUUAGUGAUAGUUUUUAUUGUUAAUUUGGGUUUGGGAAUUAAGUUAGUUGACUAUAUAGAUGUAAGGUUUAUCUGAAUUCAUAGCGGUAAUAGCAUCUACAUGUUUAAUUUACGACUACAGGGAUGUGCUGCUGAGGGAGGCAGUUCAUUUGGCUAUGUCGACGUCGUACUAGACUAAAGAUCUUGUGAAUUUUAUUUAGGACAAAUUAUUCAAAAUUAUGCCAAAAUUAAUAAACGCUAUAGACUGAUUAGACUAAGUACGCAUUCAAUUGUACACUAUUAGGCGUAUUCUCUAGAGUAAAAUGUACAAUUAUUUACUAAAAAUUGAUAAUUUUUAUAAAAUAAAAAGAAGUCAGAAGCGUGAUUCGUUUCGGUUCGGUACUAUUUCAAAAUUUUCUUGUCAUUCGAGGAUCUUUGUUUUUUAGGUUUUUUAUUAUCGUAGUAGCUAAGUUUUGGGGAUCUCAGGAGAUCAUGAUAGUGGUCGAUGUGUUUUAUGGGCGAUACUACACCGUGUUCUAAGAGGCAGAACACAUCCCUGUCAAAACUACAUUAGUUAGGAUCUUAGCAAGUUUAAGACUGUUUCUGUGACCUGUUUAAGUUUUUUAUCUUUCUAAAGUGUUAAGGUAUUUUUUUCUUACCGCACGUCCAGACGUGACCUUGUUCGAUGUGUUCUUAUACUUCUUGUUGGCAUUUUUACUUAUUUUAUAAGGAAUCUAAAUUAAUUUAUUGGUUAUUGUAUUGAAAUUUUAUUAUUUUUUCUUCAUAAAUUAUUGUUCUACUGUCCUUUGGAUCUUAGUGUUUUUGUUGAUAAUUGGCAUCUAUGUAAUGCAGCCCAUUACGUGCCAGUGAUGCGAUGAUGGUGCCAAAAAGUUGUUACUUUAAAUUUGUCUUCCAUUAAAACGCUAUUAGAAGAGAAUUAGCGAAAGACAAUGUAAAUGACCACCGCCUUGUUUGAUGGGCUGCACGACUCUAUAGUUUUAUGACUUACAUUACUAUUAUUAUUGAAAUAAUUUCACAUCACUUAUUAUAUACCGAUAGUUCUUUUCUCUUUACUUUAAACCUUGACGUAACUACUCAUAAAUGUAAUUGUAAUCGUUAAACCGAACUUCAUAAAUCCUAAUAUUGAUGAUAAUGGCGUUUUUAAUAAAAACAAAUAUACAAAAUGA